AUGGUCUGGGAUGUCGUUAACGAUUACGGUCGAAAAUCUCCUUUAAUCUUCAUUGAGCAUGGAGCUCCAACCAACCAGAGAGGCUUCAGCAUCGGAAUAUUGGCCAUGUGUGCCACAACUUGUCUCGUGGUUCAAGCCGAACACGGCAAACAUUCACGGCUAUGGAAAGAGCACCACCAUCCCGCCUAUUACAAGUACGGCUACAAAGUGCACGACGACUACCACGGUACGGAUUUCGGCCACAAUGAGCAUCGCGAUGGACACGUCACCAAAGGCGAAUAUCACGUCAAGUUGCCCGAUGGUCGCGUGCAAACCGUCACCUACUACGUGGAUGGCUACAAAGGCUACGUGGCUGAGGUCAAGUACCAUGGCAAGGCCCAUCAUCCCCAUGUGAAACCGCACAAGGGCUACGGGCAUGAUCACGGGCACGAUCACGGGCACGGCCACGGUGGCCACUCGGAAGUGUAUGGACACCAAAAGCCGGGACAUGGUCACGGUCAUCAUAAAACAUGGUCAUCAUCACGGUUACGGCCAUUAGCACUUGACUAUCUUUGAAUAAGUUCGAUUUUCUUGUUAUUUAUUAGUUGCUUCCUGCACUUGUUUUGCAAUGCCAUAGAUACAGAUAUUUUUUCAAAAAAGAAAAGAGACAUAAUUUUC